CUUUGUUCACAAAUAUCAUACAUGCAAAAUGGGAUCCUUAGACCCUCAUGUCUUUGCAUUAGCUGAAGCUGCCUAUAGAAAUAUUGUUGAAGAUAAAAUAAAUCAGUCCUGCCUCAUAUCUGGAGAGUCCGGAGCUGGAAAGACGGAAUCGACAAAACUAGUUUUACAAUAUUUAUGUGCAAUCACUUCCAAUGUGUCAUCAUGGAUUCAGCAACAAAUUUUGGAAGCAAAUACAAUUUUAGAAGCAUUUGGCAAUGCGAAAACCAUUCGAAAUGACAACAGUUCCCGAUUUGGAAAGUUUAUGCAAGUGUGUUUUGAUGAACAAAAUGGUAUUAAAGGAUGUGUUAUACAAGAUUAUUUAUUGGAGCAAUCGCGUAUAACAUUUCAAAGUCAGGGAGAGCGAAAUUAUCACGUUAUGUAUCAGCUAGUAGCCCAAGGACAAAUAAAUAAGGAAACAGCGGAGACAUUUUAUUUAAAACCUCCAGAAAUGUACAAAUAUUUAAAUGCUACCAACGAUAUUACAGUUGAUUUGAACUUCGAAUCGAAUAAGUUUAAUGAACUGACAAUGGCAUUUACUGUGCUCCAAAUUCCACAAUCGGUUAUUGAUUGUAUUUUUAAAGUAUUAAGUUCCAUCUUAUGGUUAGGCAAUAUUGAAUUUAUUGACAUAGAUGGAGAAGGCUGCAACUUGUCAACAAGUGACUUUGAGAUUAUUAAGACUCUAUCGAUCCUACUGGGUAUUAAGAAAGAUGAACUGACGACGGUGCUUUUGCUUCGCCAAAUAAAUGUUCGAGGGAAUAUAACUGAAAUCCCUUUAAAAAUACAUGAGGCGAGAGAAAAUCGACAUGCAAUGGCUAAAGCCUUAUAUUCGAAAACGUUCACUUGGCUUGUUAAUAAAAUAAAUAGCUGCACAAAUCCUGGAAGGGAUGGCUCACAAUUUUUAGGCGUUCUUGAUAUAUUUGGCUUUGAGAAUUUUUGCAGAAACUCUUUUGAACAGCUUUGCAUUAAUUAUGCUAAUGAAAAAUUGCACAAAUUUUUCAAUCAUUAUGUUUUUUCAUUGGAGCAAUCAAUUUACAAACAAGAAGAGAUCAAAUACACUCAUGUGGAGUUUACCGAUAAUUCGCUAUGCUUGGAAUUGAUUGAAAAACCUCCCAGAUGUAUUUUUAAGCUCCUAACUGAACAAUGUCAUAUGCCCAAAGGCUCAGAUUCAGCUUAUUUAAACAAUAUGCAUGCUGAGUUUGAAUUCAAUCCAAUUUAUAUAAAAGGUGUUGAUCGUCGACAUUGGGAAACCGAAUUUGGCAUUAGACACUACGCUGGAAAAGUAAUUUAUACAAUUGAUGGAUUUGUUGAUAAGAAUCGAGAUGUUCAACAAGAUGUACUCUUUGAUCAUAUGAGUCGUAGUGAAAACGCAUUUUUGAGAGAUCUUUCAAAAUUCCAGGAUCAAGCAUGGUCUAAUUUAAUACAAAACUCGUCGACCAAUCCACGGGGGACCAGUAAAACUAAACUGACAGUUAGUGAUCAUUUCCGUCAACAAUUACAGUCUCUUAUUGACGUACUACAAAACACCAAUCCAUGGUAUGUCCGUUGUAUCAAGCCAAACUCACUAAAGCAUGCAGAUCAUUACAAUGAUGAAUUUGUGCUUGAUCAACUGAGGUAUCUAGGCAUUUUGGAUAUAAUUCGUAUUAGGCGUGAAGGCUUUCCAGUUCAUAUUACCUUCGAAGACUUUCUUUUAAAGUAUAAGUGUCUUAUACAGAAUAAGUCGCUGACAAGCAAUCAGAAAGGCAUAACAACCAUAUUGGAAGAAUUGAAGGUACCAGAGACCGAGUGGCAAAUAGGAAUAACAAAAAUAUUUUUACGAAGCAUUGCUUAUGACCCGUUGGAAGAUAUUAGAAAAAAAAUUGUUUGUGCUAAUUCAAUUAUAAUACAGAAACAUUGGAGACGAUACUCGAAGCAAAAAAAAUAUAUGCGAAUAAGAACAGCAAUUUUAACAAUUCAGCAUGCAUAUAGAGGUUGGAAAUUAAGAAUCCACUUUUUAAGAGUGCGUCGAAGUGUAAUAAUCAUACAAAGUCGUUUACGUGGCGUUUUUGCAAGAGAGGUUGCAGCGGCUUUACGAGAAAUGCGACGAGUAGAUGAAGAAAUGAAAAAACGUGAAAAAAUUCUGGUUGAAUCGCCAAAAGCAGAUUACACAGCUAUUGAGGACUGUGAACGAAUAGUGCAAGAAGAAAUAAAAGUUCUUGCGCACAUGGCUGAGCACCUUAAUACAAAUAUGACCAGGUCUAUUGAAGAAGAUAAUUCCGUAAACACUACAACAGAUGAAAAGAAUUUGCAAAAUGUGGAUACAGUGGACUUAGAUAAUUUGUUUGCAUUCUUAAGUGAAGCUACAACAUCCCCGCCUAACCAACUUAUAGAAGAAAUAAAUGAUAAAAUGACAAAUUUGGUUUCGGAUUUGGAUAAUGAGAUUGAAAUAUGCAUGCAAAAAGAAUCAUCCAUUGUUGUUAAUGAUCAGGAAAAUGUAAAAACUAAGGUACCAUCCAUUCCCGAGCCAUCCGUGUCUCCACCCCCACCUCCAGUGGAAACAGAAACUAAAAAACCUUCUGCUGAGCCUAUAUAUGAAUCAUUAACACAUAAUAUUAAAUCACCUUGUGAUAAGGAAGUCGAUGCUGAAAUGACUGAUUUGCAAGCAAAUGUACGUAAAGAAAUCGAACCUCCAUUACCAUCAUUACAAAGCGAAAGAGAACAACGACGUAAAUUUCGAGUUGAAAAGAAGCUUCAAGAAAUGCAUCAAGUGGAAGUUCAAAAGGAAGUCUUUAAUAAUGAUUCAUAUUACAAUAUUCUGGAUUUCGCAGAGAACUUCUUCAAUACUCAUGAGCGAUUAUUGGAUGGUACUUUAAUGUUAACAUUAGCUCGCAAAAAGGCUGUAAAUACAGUGCCAAAGAAUGAAAUGAUAAUAUUUACACGCACGGAAAAAAUUCCAACAUCUCAUAUACAUAUGUACGAUCCCGAAAAUAUUGUGCUUUCUUGCAAUAUAUUCCGAGAAUUAUGGAAAUAUAUGCGUGGGGAAUACAAUGCCGAACGAGAACUUCAAAGUAUACAAUACAUUAUAGGGCACGGUAUUGAGAGAGAGGAAUUACGUGAUGAAAUCUUUGUUCAAUGUAUGAGACAAACAACAAAUAAUCCAAAUGUCGAAUGGACCGAUAGAAUAUGGCUUUUAAUGUGUCUCGUAAUUGUUGCAUUUCAGCCAAGCAAACUUUUAUUUAGGUACUACGUAUCAUUUCUAAAGAAGAAUUUGGAAACAUUUGAUGGGAAACUUAGGCAAUACGCCCAGUGGUGCUUUGACAAUUGCAAGUGUAUUAAGGUUUCAACUAGACUACAACCACCUUCUAGUGUAGAAGUUGCCGCCAUGCGACGACUUGGUACGAUUGUCUGUCGAUUUUUUUUUUUAGACUCUCGCACAAAAGCUAUAGAUGUUCAUCCUACGGAUACUGCAAGUGAUGCAGUACAGAAAUUAGCAGAUAAGCUAAACUUGUCUUCAACUGAAGGCUGGGCCAUUUUUCAGUCCCGUACAGACGCGGAAGAACAUAUAAAAAGCUUUGAGUAUUUAUAUGAUGUUAUUUCCGCAUGGGAGUGCAAGCAAACAAAUUCUAGUAACUACAAGAGACUUUCGAAUAGUUCUACAUAUGGAGAGAAUAGGUUUGUGUUCAAAAAAAGACUGUUUAAGCCAACACGAGAAUUAUCUCAGGACCCAGUGGAAGUUAGCAUGUUGUAUGCCCAAGCGGUAUAUAGCGUAGUAAAGUGCGACGCAUUUCCUGUUAGUGAAAAAGUUGCUCUUCAGUUAGCUGGCCUCCAAGCUCAAGUGGCAUUAGGAGAUCCAUCGAAUCAACCCAAGCCAGAAUAUUAUUGUGACGUUAAUAGUUUUCUACCAAGUCGUAUAUCAAAGACAAGAGAACAACAAUUUUGGAUUCCAAUCCUAGCUCAAGCACAUCGCCAAUACGGCUCAUCAAGAAAUGAAUUGACGGCCAAAGUAUUGUACUUAAGUUGCGUAAUGCAAUACCCACUUUAUGGCACCACAAUGUAUAAUGUCAUUUAUAAAGGGUAUUGGAAUUAUGUGAACAACAUAAUACUUGGAAUUAAUUGUGAUGGAAUCCUAUUCAUUCAACCAGAAGACAAACUUAUUAUAUAUCAGUUUAAAUUUACUGAGAUUGAAUCGAUUAUGAUAGAUCCAAGUGAUUGUUUUAUCACAAUAUCAUUAUACCGAAUGUCCAAGAUUACCAAAGACGCUGUGCUGGACUCACAGAAAUGUUUUGUAUUUGAAACAUUACAAAAAAAUGAAAUAGGCUCAUUGAUAAUCUCAUAUUAUCCAUCGCUCUCCAAUUGGAUAUUAAAUAAUUUCGAUUGCCAGAAGAAAGCCAAAGGCGUUACUAAUGAAGAUAGAUCAAGAUUAUACCAAAAUGUUAUUAUAUGCCGAAGACAAUUAAUAGAUGCAAAUGUGGUACGAAAGCCCCAAGAGUCCGGUGGAUUUUUGCGGAACACCUUAAGACGUCUCUCCAAACACCGUAUUGAUAAAUUACGAAAUGAACAAAGGACAAAUCCUCAGGACCACGGCGAAUCAUAUAAAGGAUUCUCUCAUUCAUUUUGGGCAUUCAGUAAGCAACAAAUAUCAUAUUGUCUCAGCUUCUUACCAGAUCAAGAGGAAGCAAUUAUGGUUCAAGUGUUUGACAUUAUUCUGCAAUUUUCUGGUCUUGGUAUCUCUGGCGAGACGAUAAAAAGAGCAGAGGAUGAACACGUACGAAUUGCCCAAACCAUUCUGGACAAAUGUAUGAGAAAAGAUACAUUACUGAACGAACUUUAUCUUCAGUUGAUAAAACAGACUACAGAUCAUCCUGACGCCAAUUCAAGAGUAAAUCUAAGGCAUUGGGCUUUGUUGUCUGUUGCAUGUAGUGUUAUUUUACCUUCGACGAAAUCAAUUCGAAAGUAUUUGAUGGCACAUCUAAAGCGGUGUUCUAGUGAUUUUUUAUCUGAAGAAGGAAAAUAUGCUAGAUUCGCUGAGAAAUGCUUUCUUAGAACUCAAGGUACCCGACGUAGGCAGUGGACACCAAGUUGUGAAGAGAUAUUAUGCACCACCAACCGAAGACCAUGCUAUUCAAGAAUUUAUUUUAUGGACGGGCAGUAUUAUUCGUUUGAAUUUCAACCCAGCUCAACAGCAAAUGAAGUCAUAGAAAUAAUCAAAAAAACAAUUGGACUUCAGGACAAUUCUCGUGGAUAUGCAUUGUAUGAAGUGCUGGGAAACACGGAGAGAAGUCUUUUAGCCGAAGAAAAAGUAUGUGAUGUAAUGGCUAAAUGGGAGAAAUAUAGAACUGCUUCCCAAAGGGAGACUCAAGUACCGACAAAUCAUACAAAGCCGUAUCAACAUAUGUUCUUGUUCAAAAAGCAUUUAUUCUGCGAUAAUUUUAUCAAUAUGGACGAUACCAUAGAAAAGGAAUUGUUAUAUCAUCAAGUAUUACAUAACCUUAGAAGCGAACGUUAUCCUAUCACUGAAAUGGAAGCAAUUAUGUUAACUGCGCUUCAAGGACAGCUUGAAAUCGGCGAUAGCGGAGAAACUGUUAGUGAUUACGGUGCUGUAGCUAGUCAUUGCUUGCCACCUCGUUUUGUUCCUAAUAUUCCUCAUGGAGCAGUUGCUAUGCAUCAUCAAAGCUUAAGGGGAAUGUUACCUGCCGAUGCAAAAAAAUCUUUCUUAAACCUAAUACAAAGCUGGCCCCUUCAUCGCGCCACAAUUUUUGAUGUUAUGCAAACUUUUACUUCAAAUUGGCCAAGAAUAUUGUGGCUUGCGGUAGACCAAACUGGUAUUCACUUAUUGGAACACAGAUCUCGAAACAUUUUAUGUUCUCACGAAUAUCAAUCAAUAAUAUCAUUCUUACCUAACAUGAAUUCACUGAUGAUAUUUACUGGAACUGAGAGGAAACAAUCAAAAGUUAUCUUAAGCACGUCACAGGCUUUCCAAAUAGCAACGCUCAUUAGGGAAUACUCGGAUAUAGCAAAAGGAAAUAAGAAGGAAAAUGAAUAAUUGUUAAAAUAGUAAUGCUUAUUACAAUAUGAUGUAUU